AUGAACGUUAAUGAUCUUCACAAGGUUUGGGAGAUCAGAACGUUGAAGAGGAAGGUUGGAGGAGAUGAGGCUAGGAGAUUCCUUGAGAAAAUCGCCAAACAGGUCCAACCCAUCAUGCACAAGCAUAAAUGGAGGGUUAAAGUUCUAUCCGAGAUGUGUACAUUUCGCAAGGCACUCCCAAGUCUUUCGGAUUGCAGACCAAUUCCGACGUCAAUCAAGAUGGGAGAAUUGACGGGGUAUCAAUUGGGGGUUAUUGGUGCGUUGUUUCUAUCUGUGGCAUCAUCUGUAUCCAUAGUCAUCGUCAACAAAGCCCUGAUGAGCAAUCUUGGUUUUCCAUUUGCUACAACAUUGACUAGUUGGCAUCUAAUGGUAACAUAUUGCACGCUUCAUGUGGCACAUCGUUUGAAUUUCUUUGAGAACAAGAACAUUGAUAUGAAGACUGUAAUCCUAUUUGGCAUUCUAAAUGGCGUUUCAAUUGGUUUUCUUAACUUGAGCCUUGGAUUCAACUCCAUUGGCUUUUACCAGAUGACCAAACUUGCAAUCAUUCCUUUCACUGUUCUGUUAGAAACUCUUUUCUUGAAAAAACAAUUCAGCCAGAAAAUAAAGUUAUCUCUUUUCCUCCUACUUGUUGGAGUUGGAAUUGCAUCAGUGACUGAUCUUCAGCUCAAUUUUGUUGGCACAGUUCUCUCACUUCUAGCCAUCAUGACCACAUGUGUUGGUCAAAUUCUGACAAACACAAUUCAAAAGAGACUAAAUGUGACAUCAACUCAGCUGCUAUAUCAAUCAGCACCAUUCCAAGCAGCUAUUCUGUUUGUCACAGGCCCAAUGGUAGACCAAUACCUCACCAAGCAAUAUGUUUUUGCUUUCAAAUAUUCGCCUCUUGUUUUGGGAUUUAUAAUACUUUCAUGUGUGAUUGCGGUUUCGGUGAAUUUUAGUACAUUUUUGGUGAUUGGAAAAACAUCACCAGUAACAUACCAAGUACUUGGGCAUUUAAAGACAUGUCUUGUUCUUGGAUUCGGGUAUACAUUGCUACAUGACCCUUUCACUCAAAGAAACAUCAUUGGAAUCCUUGUUGCCAUUCUUGGAAUGGGAUUGUAUUCCUACUUUUGCACACAUGAAAACAAAAAGAAACAAAUGCUUGAUCUCUCUCCGGCUUCCCAGAUUAAAGAUAAAGAUAGUAAUACACCUCUGUUGGGACACCAAGAUAAAGAAAAUCAUUUUGAAGUGAAGAAAGCAACUAAAGACUCCCUUGUUUAAGCUAAAGCGACUGGUCUAUAUAGGGGAUUUUUAAUGUGUUUAUUUUUCCUUUCCUUUUAUCAUGUAAUUCAAUUGAGUAUCAUGAAAUUUUGAUUCUUUUAAAUAAAAUUAAAUCUACAACAUCAACAUGUAUUUGUUUUAUCUUCACAUGGCUUCAAUUACU